AUGGGUUUAGAUGAAAACAAACAUGAAAUAAGGCGCUGUACUACGAAGGAGUAUUAUCAUUUAACAGGUUCCACAGUGUAUGCAAAGAAGUUGCAACAAGAGAAGGACACAGCUACACCUACAGCGAAAAUUACUAGAAAUAUCUCUUUUCUACGAUUUGCAGAUCAUAUGCUUUCAAAAAUGGAGAGGCUGUUCACUUUUUAUGGCUUUAGUACUGCUAAAUAUCGGCUUAAUCUAUACCAAGUCAAACAAAAAGCUCCUGAAAUGGCGGUCAAUAUGUUAUUAAACGGCGGUGCUAAGUACAAUAGGAAGAAUCGUUUUAAAAAGAAGAACAAAAAAGAAAAAAAAGAAGCGAUUGCAAAAAUAUGA